CUUUUCUAAUCUAAAGAAAGAUCACCUUUUUAUAUACUACCUUGUUUUAUCUAUUCCCUUCAAAGAACAGGUAGUAUUAAACAAACAGCCGCAGCAGCAGCUCUUCUUCGUUCCCUCCCUAUCUAUAAAUACAAAUUCCAACCUAAUCUUUGAACAAAAAUCUAUUCCAAAGAAUAAAAGGAGAGAUAAGUGAAGAGUCCUGAAGAACCCAAACGGAGACAGAGAGGGUCCUUGUGACGUGAACAUGAACAUGAAGCCGCGUCCACCGUCGGCGACGUCGUCUUCCGCCGUUCCGGCCAGGCUCCGGCCGCACCUCGCGCGGCUCACCUCCUUCCUGAUCGUCUUCGCCGUCGGAUACUCCCUUGGCAUCCUGUCGUCGUCCACCCGGCCGUCGCCAAAGCCAUCUCAGACGGUCAUACGGCCGCACGCCGCGCACCUCACCGCCUCCACCACUGUGUCCGAGUCGAACAGGACCGGUGCGGCUGCUGCGAGCUACUCGCGGUCGCCUCCACACGACCUGUUCCGGUUCAGAGAAGAGUGCGGGGAGCCGAUACCCAGCGACGCCAUCUUGCCGACGCUUCUCGAGAAGCUGUUCGACGGCAAGAGCCCGUACGCGAGCUUCCCGCCGCCGCACACCGAGGCGCUGCUACACCCGGCGGCGGCGCGCCCGCGCGGGUGGGGCUCGACUGGGGCCGUGUUCGCGGAGCUCAUCGAGUCGGUGCGCCCGGACACCAUCGUCGAGCUGGGCGCCUUCCUGGGCGCGUCGGCGCUGCACAUGGCUGCCGUGUCCAAGAACCUCUCGCUCUCCCCUGCCAUCCUCUGCAUCGACGACUUCCGCGGGUGGCCGGCCUUCCGCGAGCGCUUCCGCCGCGACGUCCCGCCGCAGCGUCACGGCGACGCGCUGCUGCUGCCGCAGUUCAUGGCCAACGUGGCCGUGGCGGGGCGCGACGCCACCGAGCGCGUGCUGCCGCUGCCCUUCUCCACGGCAUCCGCUCUCACCGCGCUGUGCGAGUGGGGCGUCUACGCCGACCUCAUCGAGGUGGACGCCGGGCACGACUUCCACUCGGCGUGGGCGGACAUCAACCUGGCCUGGGCCGUGCUCCGGCCCGGCGGUGUCAUGUUCGGCCACGACUACUUCACCUCCGCCGACGACCGCGGCGUGCGCCGCGCGGUGACGCUGUUCGCGAGGGUGAAGGGGCUCACCGUCCGGCCCCACGGCCAGCACUGGGUUCUCUCCCCGAAGCCGCACGGGCACGACGACGGGCGGUGAGUGCUUGUCGCUGUCGCCGUCGGGACCACGCACUCGCCAUCCUUCAGUGCAGAAUCUGAAGUGUCCCGUUGCAACAACCACCAGCCGUUUACGUACGCGCAGGUGCAGCAUCCACCUUUAUCAAAAGCCGACGAAAAAGGUCGCGUUACUACUUACUACUACCAUUCUCCGAAGUGUUCGUCUCAAUCACCAUUCUUUUCCUGUCACAUUCUCAGUUACACGAGGCAUUACGAAAUUUAAAAAUGCCAUUUGUUCUUCUAUGAGAUAACAUAUUAGAGAGUAAUUUACGUGUAGAUAUGGAUACGGUUUCGAGUGUAUUAUGUUUCUUAGAUAAUGUUUCAAGUGUAUUAUUGUGGAGUAAAUCUAGUUAGAUGAAAUGUUGUUGUCGAUGGUUUGUUUCUCCAUGCUUAUUUAUCAAUCGAACAUGAGGAAAAUAUAUACAGCUUACAUGAAAGCGAAAAA